GAUGAAUGCAGCCCUCCUCGAAAUCCUCAAGGGUUUUGAUCAAUACCGAAAACAGUUGCAAAUUCCUCAGGAUCCAAAGAAUUGGUUGGCGGAUCAUACACACUUAUGGUUGAAUUGGGCAACAAAAGAGUUUAUGGGAACUGAAGGUAUAAACUUACCUAGUCUUGCCCAACCCGGUAGACAUUUGUUGGCCUCUGGAAAGGAGCAAUUCUUGCAAAAGGCCCCCCACUAUAUUGGAGAUAUUCUUUGGGAACAUUUGGAAUUAUUAGAAAAAGAGGCGGUUGUUUCCAAUCAAACUUCAGCGGAACAUUACACCUGUUCCGAAUAUCAAACCUGUGCAUCCGCGUCACCUCCACUAGCUGUUUCCGCUCCACAAAGUCAAUACCCCUUCUAUUGUCCUGUCGCCCCUCAAGGUCCUCACGCCACGUCAAAUAGCCCGUACGGAAUUGGACCCGACGAUAAACCUGUUAGCAUUAAACAGGAGCCAGCAAUUUAUUCUGACAAUACUAGCUCUGACUGCGAAUAUGCAACUCGUCUUGACACGAUCACAACACCUACAUCCGCCUUCGAACCCAUUAAUAGGGCCACUAACGAUUAUUACUCCCCUGAUUGCCGAUACAACCGCCAUUCUCCGCAUGAAUUUAAGUUUUCGCCACCCCCACAACCAACACCCGCACAUAGAAUGACGAAUGUCGAUAUGUACGCGACUAUGAAUUAUAUACCUGCAAGUCCCGUAUACCCUACACAAAAUCAUUGGGACCAAUUACCAGUACAGCAUCCCUCGCCUAUAUCCACUAAUGGUUAUCACCCACCAGGCUUGUAUUCUGGCUCUGGUCCUAUUCAAUUAUGGCAAUUCCUAUUGGAGUUGCUAACGGACCAAAGCGGAGCGGAUUGUGUAGCGUGGACGGGAGACGGUUGGGAGUUUAAACUUAGUGAUCCGGAUGAGGUUGCCAGACGAUGGGGAAUAAGAAAAAACAAACCAAAAAUGAACUAUGAGAAAUUAUCAAGAGGUUUACGGUAUUACUACGAUAAGAACAUUAUUCAUAAAACAGCUGGAAAACGUUAUGUAUACAGAUUUGUCUGCGAUAUGCAGUCCUUAUUGGGAAUGACACCUGAAGAAUUGUUUACAACUUGUGGAGUCAGCCCUCAGUCUGACAAAGAUGAUGAAUGA